AAAAAUGGGUCUGUUCGACAUAGACCUCGGUGAACUGUAUCACAAAAUUUUACGGAAACAUUUUAAUGUGACUAGUUUGCAAUGUGAAAUGAUAUUGACGACAACAUUGUUGUUAGUACUUGCAUGUUCCUUUUUUAUGUUCCCUGCACUGUUUGUUAGUUCUGUUGUAUUUUUGGCAGUUGUUGGACAACAGCUAGGUGUCAGAAGGUUGUAUGUGAGCCUUUUGUUGCAACUAUUUGAGUUUGGUCGAGUUAACAUCGAAAGUUCUGAACGGAGUAAACAUUAUGCGUCAUAUUAUGAAGUCGAAGAAAACGAAUCGACUUCGGAAACAGUAGAUUCAACUACUACGACUUCAACUGAAACACGUAAAGAUGAAAUUAAUGAUGAUGCCAAGUCUCCUAAAGCUGAUUUUAUAAAUGGAUUUAACAACAAUGGUAUGAACGUCAUCAAACGAGACACAGUAUUGCUUCCGGCCAGAAUCAAAAGACAAGCCAGUCGUCAUCUACCAGGAGAUGAUGACUUCAUCAAUGAAUCAGGAAUCGAAAGAUGUUUGAACUAUUUGAAAUCAGGGAUGGAAAGUAUUAUCGAAGAUGAAGUGACAUCAAGAUUUGAAGCAGAAGAACUUAAGAAUUGGAACUUUCUUACACGCACUAAUCGCCGCUACGAAUUUAUCAGCUGGAAAUUAACUAUUCUUUGGUUUAUAGGAUGUAUAGUUAGAUAUCUAAUUUUGUUCCCAUUGAGAAUGAUCAUUUUCUUAACCGGGGUACUUUGGACAGUAGUCGCGUUCAUGUUGAUCAGUUGUUUGCCAAAUGGAAGUUUCAAACGUUGGCUGAACGAUUUGGCAUUCAAAACUACUUUCAGAAUAUUUGCCAGAGCUUUGUCAUCGGUAUUGACUUUUCACAAUAUUGAAUAUAGACCGAAACGAGGAGGAUUUUGUGUGGCUAACCACACAACGCCUAUAGAUGUAGUAAUGCUCUCAACUGAAACUUGCUUUUCCUUGAUAGGGCAAAAACAUGGUGGUUUUUUCGGACUGAUACAGCAAUCUUUAGCUGCUGCUUCGCCUCACAUAUGGUUUGAAAGAGCGGAGCAAAAAGAUAGAAACGCAGUAGCUUCAAGAUUGAGACAACAUGUGGCAAAUCCAAAAAAUCCUUCUAUUCUAAUUUUUCCAGAAGGCACUUGCAUCAAUAAUACCUCUGUAAUGCAAUUCAAAAAAGGAACUUUUGAAGUCGAUGGCACAAUUUAUCCAGUGGCAAUGAAAUAUGAUCCAAAAUUUGGAGAUGCAUUCUGGAAUAGUUCAAAGUAUUCCUUGCUCAUGUAUAUUUUCAUGAUGAUGUCUUCUUGGGCCAUUGUUUGUGAUAUUUGGUAUAUGCCACCAAUGUGCCGAGAAGAUGGAGAAUCAGCAAUAGCAUUUGCAAACAGAGUAAAGCAUGCAAUAGCUGAGCAAGGAGGGCUCGUUGAUUUGGAAUGGGACGGUCAGCUGAAACGAGGAAAACCCAAAAAAGAACUUAAAGAGAAACAACAAGAAAUUUUCAGUCAAAGAUUAAAAAAUUUAUAAUAUACUCAUAUACAUCAC